UAGGGUAGAUGGGACAAUUUUUCCCUACACUUCGUAUAAUUUCCAAUUAGUCCUAAUACCUCGGCGGGUUUGGGUGAGCGGGUCGAAGCACCAAAAGCAAAAUCAAGAAAAUCAGUAGCAAGCUUGCCCGGUUGCUCCAAAACUCAGAAGAGAACCGUCGUCCUUUGUAGCUCUAUUUGACUUUUCAUCUUCAUCGUCGUCAGAUAGAAAUAGAAAUAGGCAGGAUGGAUUUCACGCUCAACUGAGGAGGAAGAAGAAGAGAAAAAAAGAAAAAAAUUGAAUGGCGGGAUUACUGUAUCACGUCUUCUCAUCGUCUUCUUUACUGUCCUUAGGGCUCUACCACCUCAUCUCCACCACCAAGAACCACCUCAAAUCUCCCCGCGAUUACUCCGCCAAACCCUACCAUCCUUUCCCCCUCUACCACCGCCUCCGCCAUCUCCAGCUCUAUCUCCUCAUCCUUUUCCUCCUCGUCGCAUUCUUCCACCAGACCAUUAUUUCGUCCGAUUCCGAUCCACUCCUCAAAGGCCGCACUCCCGUUUACCGCUUCACUUCCCUCCAAUCCGCCGCCGUCAUCUUCCUCUUUUUCCUCCUCUCAAUCGCCCUCCUUCUAUCCGAAUCCACCUCCCUCCUCCCUCCUCUGCCUUCCGAUCUCUUCUUCGGCGUGGCUUCUGCGAUUUUCUUCCUCCACUACUCCGUCUCUACGGCUUCCGCCUCCGUCCAGACCUCCGAUCUCCAAGCUGAAUGUGACGGUGUCUCCGCUAAGAUCUCCGCUCUCUCCUCCGUCCUCUGUUUAGUUCUCGCCUGCCACCCAAAACUCUUCGUCGCCGACGCCGGUCUCGCCGCCUCCCUUUGUCUCCAAGGUCUUUGGGUACUUCAGACGGGGCUCUCACUCCAUGUUGACGCCUUCAUUCCGGAAGGUUGUCACAAGCUUCUUGACGUCGUCAGCGGGGUGGAGGGGUCCACCAAGUGCGAUCUGGACGAUUCUAAGCUGAGGGCUAUUGCGAUUCUGGAUCUCGUUUUCUUAGUCCACGUCACUUUUGUGGUUAUCAUCAUUUUGGUCACUUAUGCUGCCGUGGCGAAGAUGGUUGGGGGAGGAAUCCGGGGUUUUGGAUCCUACGAGGCCUUGCCAACCGUCGAGUUUAACCAGAGCAUCCACAACAACAACCACAUUCAAAUGAAAGCUUUGUCCGGCACUCAGGCCUGAUGGUUUUAUCCUCCUCCUUGACCUCUGCGAGCUUAGGAUUUAUGUACUUUUCUCUGCACUGAUAAUCCAACCAUAGAGAGAAGUUGAGUCUUGGUUGGAUGGGAUGCAAUGACGGUGUUGCUUCUAAGUCCGUAAAUGAAUUACGGAAGCCCACGUUGCUGUGAUCUUCUUCCACCAUUGUCUUUAGAGUAGAAUCGUAUAUUUUUCUUAAUGCCUCUAAUUUAUGUCGUGGACCACAUUCCAUGCAUCCAAACAUGUUUUUGUACGAAGAAAAUACUGAAACUGUGUGAGCAAUUAAUCAGUUUAGUGGCCAGGAGUUCUAGUGUUAAAUGGAUAUUGCAAUUCAAUCUCUAUCAUGGUAUAGUUGAUACAUUGUGUUCUUGUGCGUGCAUAAUGUAAACUACAUCUUGAUCCAAUAUUUUCUUCUUCUUUAAUCUUUACCCUUUGUGCGUGCAUAAUGUAAACUACAUUUUGCUUUGAAGUACCGUCGAUUCAAAAACUAAUUGGUACCUAGAUGCUCAAAUCUACCCGUUCACGGGGCUUCACCGUUAGACAGGUGAAAAUGAAACUUGCUUUUAUGUUUAAAAAUGAUUAUUUUAUUUAUUACAUGGGUAGAAAAAAAAUGAAAGAACGAUUGACAGAAGGAAAACAGCUUUACG